UAUCGGCGUCGAGGUGUUGUGGGUUGGAGUUUUGGGUUGUGAUAUUUGUUGUGAUAUUCCGAGUGGUGGCUUUGUCGGUACUGGAGUGUAGGCGAUGCUGCUGGCGUGACGUAUUGAUGGACAGCUAUGGAUGGGACUCAGCAGAACAAGAUUCACCCCUUUUGUGACUUCAAUCCACAACUGCUACACCAGAGCGGCAAAGCCCACAUUAAUGCAAACCAAGUAGUUUCCGUGGCAAGUACAUCCUCGGGAUAUUUGGAAAUACCAGACGUUGCAGGAUGCGCGCCGGCGACUGUGCCACCCAGAGUGCUCGUUAUAAAUCACCGUCCAACCAUCCUAUAUCGAAAAAUUCGUCCAUCAGAUUUAGUGGUGUUAAAGGAGAUUCAUGAAGCUUUGUUUCCUAUUAAAUAUGAAGCUGAUUUUUACAUGAAUGCUGUACAUGGACGAGGAAUUAUAUCUUGGGCAGCUGUGGACACAAGCAGGUCAGACCCAUAUUGUGACGAACUUAUUGGGUUUGUCACAUCGCGUGUUAUCUCUCCUUCAGUGGGUGAGGAGCUGGAUAUGCUAGGCUAUGAAAUAUCCAAAUCCGAGAGGUCGCUCAUUUACAUCUUAACCUUGGGUGUCAUCCCGCCAUACAGAAACUCUGGAAUUGCUUCGGCAUUGCUUAGGGAGGUGAUAGAAUACGCCAACCAAAUGGCAUGCAGAUCUCUCUAUCUGCACGUGAUAGCGUAUAAUCGUCCCGCCAUUACGUUCUACCAGAAGAACAUGUUUCAGUGUUUGCGUAGGCUCCAUAAUUUUUAUUUUAUUGAAGGACAACAUCAUGACGCUUAUCUCUACGUCUUCUAUGUGAAUGGAAGCCGCUCCCCGUGCACAACCAUAGAUGGUUUAAAAGCAGUCUAUGCUUAUUUAAGGGGAGGCUUCACGUCACUGAUGGCCAAGCUAUUUUGAGGAUCAUGGACGACAUCCAGAGGAGGUUUUCAUUCAUUUGAGCGAAAUUUGAAUACAAUAUAUUGUUGUGUAUAUUAGUUAUCUGAGAGGAUGAUUGGUAGGGUCAUUUACAUCAGCUACUGGUAUGAACAGGACCUGUAGAGCUAGGACCUACAUGUAUUUAGUUAUCUUUUUUUCUUUCGUGAGACACGAGUUAAGUACAAGAAGAGAGUGUUUCUAGAGCUGCUGGCUUGAAUAUUAUCUUUUUAGUUCAACUCUUUUGUUUCUGGGGACUUUGAGUACUAGCAGAGAUUGGGUGGUUCCAAUUUUAAGAAGUUUUUCACGUGAUUACUCCCU